AAAUGUUGUUGAAUUGUGUUUAAGAGAAAGAAGAAAAGCAGGGAAGUCCUUUACAAUUAAAAAGGGAAGAUGAGGGAAAUGGGAAAACGGGAAAAGGUUGAAAAGGUUUUCGAAUAAUGCCUCUGCUUCUUCCUUCAUUUACUCUGUCACUGUCUUUCUUAUUGUGAACAGAGGAGGAGGACUGAGCUCACAUGACUUCUCUGCAAAUCACGCAUUCAAAUUCCACGACAAAAAUAAAUAAGUUCAUUCAAAAACCCUUCGUCUCUUUCUCCUCCUCCUCCUCCUCCUCCUCUGCAAUACAACCAUUACCAUGUCCUUCUUCUGAACCUCUGACUCACCUCUCCAAACAACCCACUUUUUCUCUCCCUAUCUUUACUCCUCUUUUCCUUUUUGCCUCUCCCUUCUUCUUCUUCUUCUCAAUACCUUAAUCCCUCUUCCUCAUUUCUCUAUUCUGGCUCUCCCAACCAUGGAAAGCUUCAGCUUGCUCAAAUACUGGAGAGGAGGCGGCGGGGGUGGUGCGCCUGCUUCUGCCGCCGCUGAUUUUGCUUUCAGCAGUACUUCAUCUGCUGCCACCGCCACUGUUGUCACUGCCGUUGCGAGGAACCAGGCGGAGACUGAUGAGGAUGAGGAUGACGAUGAUGGGCCGUUCUUUGAUUUGGAGUUUGCUGUUCCUGAAGAGGAUGAGGGUCGGAAACAGGGGGGAGAUGGAGAUGGCAGAAACUGUGAUGAUGGAAGUGAGGAGGAGAAUGAUGAUGAAGAAGAUGGGGACUCGGAUGGUGAGAGGGAGUUCGAUUUCACGCUCUCGUCUGGCUCUACCAAUGAACAUUCCGAUGCUAAUCUUACGUUCUCUCCUUCGGAUGACUUGUUUUUUAAGGGAAAGCUUGUCCCCGUUGAAGCUUCCUCCAAUGGCGGUUCUGAACCCAACUCCAAACCCCAGCUUCGUGUCACAUUGUUGAAAUCAGCCGCGAAGUUUAGGGUAUUUAUGUCGGGUCUCAAGAAAUCGAAAUCAAACGGGGAGAAGAAAACAGAGACGGAUGGAUCUGUUGGGGAACCGACUAAAGGUGAGACAACAGAACUGACGCCGGAAAACCCACCGGAGAAAAACGAGAACCAAUCGGACAAAAGCCAGAAUCAAACGAAAAGUAAGUUAUUUGCCGUGAAACUGAAGGUAGAGGAAGUUCCGAUCAUGUCUCUGUUUACCAGAGACAACAGUUCAAGAGGCUCGGCUGGAACUACCACCACCACCAACAACAACAACAACAACAACAACAAAGCACAGAAACAAAGCUCCGACGAAUUAACCUCGGAAGAAAAUCGAUUUUCAAAAGACGUAAUAAUGCAAAAGUACUUAAAGAUGGUGAAGCCUCUGUACAUUCGGGUUUCACGGAGAUACGGCGAGAAGUUCAGGUUAUCCGGACAGCUGAUUUUGGGGGCAGCCAGAGCUAAGUCCGGUNCACUGCCUUCAAUAGCGGCGCCACCCACUUCCCCGCCGGUGGAAAAGGCCGUGACAGACACAGAACUUGUGGAAGUACAAGCACAAACAACGACCAUCAACACAAAGGGCCGGAACAUGCCAGCCAAGCUAAGAGUGGUUUGCAAGCACUUGGGGAAAAGUCGGUCAGCAUCCUCCGCUGUAGCAGCGGCUCCACCCGGGCAGGCGCCGUCGAGAAGGGACGAUUCACUUCUGCAGCAACAAGACGGAAUCCAGAGCGCCAUUCUUCAUUGCAAGAGAUCCUUCAACGCCUCUAGAGAUUCAGAGUCUUCCCUGCUGUCUCUGCGUGAGAAAGCUUCAGAUUUCACAGAAAAAGCCAUUGUUUGAAGGUAAAGAAAAACAGCGAUCGAUCCAUCAAUCCAUGAGAAAAUUUCAAUCCAAACAGGCGGGAAAAUUUUGGUCAAUAUCCUUCACAUUUCUCUCGCUUAAUAUAUAUAUAUAUAUAUAUAUAUAUAUAUAUAUAUGUAGUUUAUAUGUAAAUGUUCAUCUGUUGGGUUAGGAAGGAUUGAAUUUGUGGGUUCCUCUGGCCUUCUAAGUAAAAAGUUUGAAUAUUUUUCCAGUGAAGGGUAAAAAGUAUUAGGAAGUGAUGAAUGAUACAUAGAAAGCAAGCAGAGUUGGGCGCCCCGUGUAUGUAUGUGAUUUUCCUAUGCCUUCCCCAAUUGAAAUUUUAAGAAUCACUGAGCUGAAGUGGGCGGUUUGAAAUUAUGUUGCUUUUUUUGGCUUUUUAGAUUGGUAAAGGAUGUGGGUCUCAGUAGGCCAGCCAUCUCUGUGGCAAAAAUAGUGUCUUUAGUGGUCAGAGAACUGGGGAAAAGUGGGGUUUUACUUAAACAGAGAAAAUGGGUUCUAUCUUUCCUUCUUUUUUUCUUGUUUUAUCCAAUGAAUUAUGGUCUAAAAGUAAGAGUAAAGGGAAGCAUGUGGGGGUUAGAUAAAUGACUUUAUGGAGGUUUAUUGAAUGCCUGGAUCAAUUGAGGGUUUUUUUAUUUUAAUGUUUUAAUAUUAGGGGGGGUUUAUAGAUCCAAUUUUGUGUUUUCAAGACACAGGGUUUUGAUUUGGUCCCAUGAAAAUCACUGCCUCUGGGAAUAAUACUCUGUUCUUCCAUGUCAAAUUGUCAUCAUAUUGUCCAUAUUAUGGUUGGUUGUUUUCUUCAAGUCAUAAUCUUUUGUAAGUACAUAUAAUCGUAUUGUAGUCUUAAUGGAUGGUGGAGAAUUGUCCAACUAUGGUUUGGAGCU